CGCAAAUGCAUGUUUUAACAGUAAAUUAUAAGUUGUCGUGUAUUAGAUUUUGGUUAUUCGCUUGUUUUAAUUUUUUAAGUAGAAACAAAAGCCGCAUAGGUACAUUUAGAUAGGUAAGGCGCAUGCUCUCAACUGUUUCGACUGUAAUCAAUAUCUUGACCGGAGAGUUUGGGACGACAAUUUCGCAGCAAAAUUUUUGUUGGUGUUAUUUUAUGGACUAUUAGGACCAGUGGGCGUUUGAUUAAAAUAUAUUUCCGUGUGUGUGAAGUGGCGGUGGCGGAGAGUGAGGGUUCAGCUGUGGCGGGAGGCGUCGGCCUCACCGUGAGUAGCAAGGUAUAUCCAAGUCCGGGGGCGGCGCGCGGCGUGUGGGCGCUGCCGCAGCCGCCCCCGUGCACCAUGGCAGCGGAGGAGUCUCUACCACCAUGUUCGCCGAUGUCGCCGGACGCACCCGCAGUACAACCUCGCAUUACGACUAAUUUAAGUCACCAUUCGGACUUUCACCAGCUGAUUUUUGAAGCUGUCCGUUCUGGAGAAGUAUCAGAAAUCGAACGGUUAGUGGAAAAGCUUGGCGUAGAAAUUCUAAGUGCGCGCGACCAACAUGGCUACACUCCAGCACACUGGGCGGCGCUGGAUGGAAGUGUCGCUGUUAUGAGAUACUUAGUCGAGAGAGGCGCACCGCUUGAUCUGUCUUGUUUAGGCACUCAGGGCCCACGUCCAAUUCACUGGGCUUGCCGAAAGGGACACGCAUCAGUAGUACAAGUACUACUUCAAUCGGGAGUAGCUGUUAACGCUGCAGAUUUCAAAGGUUUGACUCCCCUGAUGACAGCCUGUAUGUAUGGUAAGACGGCUACCGCGGCAUACCUUCUCGGGAUGGGCGCUGCGACCCGCUUGUCGGACAUUAACGGUGACACGGCAUUGCACUGGGCUGCAUACAAGGGUCAUGCGGAUUUAGUUCGCUUGCUCAUUUACUCUGGCGUUCCAUUACACUGUACGGAUAAUUUUGGUUCGACUCCAUUGCAUUUAGCUUGCCUCUCAGGCAACUUAACGUGCGUUAGACUGCUUUGUGAAAAGGUCAAAGCCGAGUUGGAGCCUCGGGAUAAAAAUGGAAAGACUCCUCUAAUGCUGGCUCAGAGUCACCGUCACGCGGAAGUCGUUAAACUAUUGCAGAAAGAGAUGAAACGUAAAUCUCACUGGAUGCCGCCCUUGUCUGAGCUCUGGGCGCUCCUCUUCGGUGGAGCUGGAGAUUCAAAAGGACCUCUGCUAUUUUUCUUAAUCUCAGUUCUAUUGUGGGGUUAUCCUAUGUAUAUUAUUAGGUGCAUGCCCUUAACAUGGAAUACGCUGCGUCUCUCCCACUAUUGCUUCUUGUACUGGAAUGCUAUAAUGUGGCUGAGUUGGGUGAUUGCUAAUCGAAGAGACCCCGGCUAUAUUCCUCAGAACUCGGAGACAUAUUACAGAGCCAUCCGACAAAUACCCUACUAUGAUAAAUGGAAGAAGAGGAACGCUAUCCUAUCCCGUCUCUGUCACACCUGCCGAUGUUUAAGACCACUUAGAGCUAAACACUGUCGUAUUUGCAAACGCUGCGUGGCAUACUUCGACCACCAUUGCCCAUUUAUCUACAACUGUAUCGGCGUACGAAACCGCAUGUGGUUCUUUCUGUUCGUGAUGAGCGUGGCCAUCAACUGCACACUCUCUAUAUACUUCGCUUGCUACUGCCUGCUUCUUGAAGGAUUCGGUGUUCUCUACUUGCUUGGCUUGUUGGAAGCCAUUACGUUCUGUGCCCUCGGCUGGAUUCUGACAUGUACUUCCGUCCUACAUGCGUGUAUGAAUUUGACCACAAACGAAAUGUUCAAUUACAAACGGUAUCCUUAUUUGCGGGAUAAGAGAGGCCGAUAUCAGAAUCCGUUUUCAAGAGGUCCGAUUAUGAAUUUAAUCGAAUUCUUCGUCUGCCUUCCGGACAAGUGUGAUGAACAAGAUCUGUUUUACGAAGAAAACAUAUGAUGCGAGUCGAUAUGACAGAGUGACGUGAGCACGACGAAAAAGUCGCAUGACGUUGUCGUGUGGUCGAGUCCUUUGCGAUCAAAGAGUGGGAAAGUUAAACUUGAACUGCGUUAUAACCUGCAAAGUAAUGUUUCCUUGUGAAAAACACAUUUCAUGACCUUAAUGCUUUUUAUAAAUUUCUAAUGCACGU